AUGGAUACUAAGGAAGCAGAAACAAAAACAGCCGAGCCUAUCUCCAUCAGUGCCGAUGAGGAGGUAGGUGAGGGACGAUUCGACAAGGUUGAAGUCGAAUCAGAGACCCAGGAUGAGAAUGUCGAGUACAGCUAUGAAUCCAAUCGAUCCCCAUUCCCAGAAGUUAGGGCUGUUGUCCCUGAAACCGAUGACCCCAGCAUGCCCGUCAGUACAGUCCGCAUGUGGAUGCUGGGGAUUCUGUUCACGAUGCUGGGAUCAGGAAUCAACCAAUUCUUCUCACUGCGAUAUCCAUCAGUUCACAUCGUUGCCCUUGUUGCGGAGCUCUUGGCCUAUCCGCUAGGUGUUUUUCUUGCAAAGUCUCUCCCACUGGCUACUAUUUCCCUCGGGCCUUUGGGGUCUUUUACGCUCAAUCCAGACCGUCAUUUCAAUAUCAAGGAGCAUGCCUUGAUUGUGAUCAUGAGCAAUGUCUCUUUCGGGUAUGCUACGGCCGACGCGACAAACAUCAUCCAAGCAUCCAGUGCAGCAUUCUAUGACUUUGAUCUGAAGCCCGGCUUCUAUGUGAUGAUUGUUCUCUGUGCCCAGUUGCUUGGUUUUGGAGUUGCUGGUCUCACUGCCCCAUGGCUGGUCGAGCCUGCACGAAUCAUCUGGCCGGGUGUGCUAUCUAACUGUGCCAUGUUGGGAACGCUACAUUCACGCGCCAACACCAUAGCUGACGGAUGGCGUAUCUCUCGCCUGCGCUUCUUCUUAUACGUUACCGCUGCUGCUUUUGUCUGGUACUUCUUUCCUGGUCUGAUGUUCACGGCCCUGUCGUAUUUCACUUGGGUCUGUUGGAUUGCCCCCAAGAACGUCAUCGUCAACCAGCUUUUCGGCAUGCAGACCGGUUUGGGUCUUAGCCCCAUCACCUUUGAUUGGAGCCAGAUAGCAUACAAUACCAACCCCCUGCUGUCUCCCUCGUGGGCAGCACUCAACGUCUUUGCCGGAUUUGCCGUUUUUUACUGGAUCGUGGUCCCAAUCAUCUACUACAAGAACGUCUGGUUUACUGCAUACCUGCCACUCAUGACUUCCGAUGUCUAUGACCGAACUGGCGCAACUUACGACACAGCUCGUGUCAUCUCCUCCAGCAAUACGCUGGAUGUAGAAGCCUACCACAAAUACUCGCCACCUUAUCUCGGCGCAACCUUUGCCUUCGUAUACGGCCUCUCCUUUGCAUCAAUUACUUCUGUGCUAUCGCAUAUUGGCAUCUGGCAUGCUCGUGACCUCUGGGCUGCUAUGAAAGGCCGCAACAGGCUCGACAUUCAUGCCCGUCUUGUCCGCGCUUCUUACCGCCGCACGCCAUGGUGGUGGUACGCCUCCAUCAUCGUGAUCAUAAUGGCCAUGUCCAUUGCUAUGGUCGAAGUCUAUCACACUAAGCUCCCGGUAUACGGUGUCUUCCUAGCCUUGAUCAUCCCGGCAGUUUACAUGGUUCCAUGUGGUAUUGUGCAGGGUAUCACCAACGUUGACGCAAAUCAGCUCAACGUACUCGCCGAGUUCAUGGGUGGGUAUAUGUUUGAAGGCAAACCUCUGGCAAACAUGAUUUUCAAGAUCUUGUCGACGGACGUAGUUGGUCAGGGUGUUUAUUUCGCGAUGGACAUGAAACUCGCACAUUACCUCAAGGUGCCUCCACGUACCACUUUCUUUGCUCAGGGUAUUGCUACUAUCCUGGGUGCUCUGACCCAGGCGGGUGUGACGAUCUGGAUGUUGGGCAAUAUUGAUGGAAUUUGUGAAACUGAUCAGGCGGACAGUUUCACCUGUCCGAACGGUCGAACGGUGUACUCUUCAUCAGUCAUUUGGGGUCUUGUUGGACCUCGUCGUCUAUAUUCUGCUGGCAAGAUCUAUUCUUCACUUUUGCAUUUCUUCUGGAUUGGGCUACUCGCCCCAUUCGUGACUUACUUUUUGUACCGCUGGACAAAAAACCGCUUUUGGAAGCUGAUUAACUGGCCGUUGAUCUUUGUGGGGACCUACAAUGUCCCGCCAGCGACCGGGAUCAACUACUCCAGCUGGGCCCUUGUCAACUUCGUCUUCAAUCACUUCAUUCGCCGCCGUUUCUUUGCUUGGUGGACCAAAUACAACUACAUUCUGGCUGCUGCGCUCGAUACCGGUCUCGCACUUAGCGGCAUUGUAAUCUUCUUCUGCAUUUCGUACCCUGGGGCAAGUUUCCCUGACUGGUGGGGAAAUACGGUUUACCUAAAUACUGCCGAUGCAGAUGGUGUUUCUUGGCUGAAGAUGCCAUCAGUUGGCUAUUUUGGUCCCGCUAAUGGGACGUGGACUUAG